GAUAAACCCAGCUUUCUUUCAGAGAACUCUGACUAUAGUAUUAUAAAUGUAUUUUCCAGGAGUGAUCCAGCAGCUUACUGGAUUGUUCCACAGCUGUUUUGUUUUUCUAUUUACAUUUUUCUUCCUAAUGCAUCUCUAUGGACGUUUUUAUAGACAAAAACCAAACGGCUACUCCUGCAUUGUGAGAACUGAUUGCCUGCAUCUUGUCCAGCUGCACAAAUGCGCAACAACCUUCAUGACUAGUAAAAGAGGCAAAUAUGUGAAACUAAGCAAAAGGAAUGGAUUGAAGUUGGAAGCGAUUGACAUCCCAGACGGAGCAAAAACUAGGAACCUGGAGGUAUGGAGCUAUGAUGACAAAAUUGCAUUAUGUUACAAGUAUGAUAACAGUGAAAGUUAUGUACUUUCUGUGGAAGACGAUGAACUUAAAUUCACACUAUUGGAGCAAAACACGGAUGAUGCCGUUCAGGAAACUUUAGAGAGGAUGAAACCUUGGUUUCAAAUGGAAAAUGCUGGAAGUCACAAUUGUAUCCAGGAGGCAUACUCUAAAAAGUUCCUUAAAAUAGAAGAAAAUCGGCGACGCAUUACUCUCAGUGCUACACAAACCGCAGAAAGCACCUUCAGUAUAUCUCCAUGCUCUUGUAAUAAAGUAGGGUGCACUGGUUUGUCCAGCUAUGGGGAGACACGUACUACUACUAAAUGAGGACAAUCAACAAAACUGUCUGCUUUUAAUUUUUAUGUCUUUGUACACUCUUAAAGACUGUUCUUUUCUGUAGGAUAUGUAUACAUGACAAGUCUCAACUAUAAUCUGUAAAAGACUGAUCAUUUUACUUUCAGUCACAUUUUACUGUAUGUUUGCUGUUCCCUUGACAUUUUAAUUAUGAAGCAAAAGGGUGAAAACAAUAAA